AAUUCAAACUAGUAGUAGUUUUUCCCUUGGUUAGGACGGUGCUAACUAUUGUACAAUUAGCACCGUAGCCGCCCAACCUUGCUAUCACCUAUCAGGAUUCACUCUAGUCCUGUGCCAUAAGGCUCAAUGGCAUAUAGCCUCACAAAUUUUGGGGCCUCGGCCCAUCAAAAUAUAAUGAAUUAUGCAUUUUUUUUUUGUCAUAGAUAGUUUGUAAUAGAUAGAGUGUUACAAUGCAUUGGAACUAUAAAGGCGGUAGUCAACCAACUGGGUUGCUACCGAUGCAAGGGCCGUUUGUGCCACGCGAUGGGCAGCCCUGUUAGUAUGCCUAGUAACAUAAAUAAACCAAAAAACGCAAAGAAAGUCUUCUUUCAGCAAACUCCUUCAAGCACCAAUUCUUCGAGUUCCAACAGCCGAGCAGUAGAUUGGAUGUGCAAGGUACCUACAAAAUAACACGCAGACAACCCCUAACGGGACAAACAAAAUUAAAAUACAACUGGACCUCCACCGAAAAUGCCUCACAAGCUAUACAAACUAUGCCUUCUGCAGCACAAAAACAAAAAUGGCAAAGCCAACUAGUAGAAGAAAUAUACUCCAUGUCCGACGACAACCAAAUCCUCCCUAUCAUUAAAAGACAUCGAAUUACAAAACAAUUGCAACUCCCAUAAAAAUACCAAACACAAUCGUAAACAUAAUAAUAAUUAAAUAUGAAUUGAAGAAAGAAUUAAUAGACUUAUCUGAAUGCAAGAUAGGAUCCGUGUUUGGAAUUGUGACUGCCUAUCCAUUAGAAUUUUAAUGGUCAUGAAAUUAUAACCGUCCGAAGGCGGAGCGUUUUGAACAAGAAGGAAGCCACGGGAGAGGUAACUGCACAAAGAUGUAACUGCAGCCACUAGCCUGGCCGAUCGUCGGCAAGACUCGUCACCCGCUGGAAAGACUCACCGAAGAUCCCAGCCCGCAACUCCUGCAAAAAGAUAGGUAAAACUCACCGGAAAGGGUGUCAGAGAUGGGGAAACACCACGAGCAGCUAUGCACAAGGGCGUUGGGCAGCAAAUUGCUGGAGCGCACAAUUGCGGAAAAGAGUGAAAAUCGAAAUCCGUCGAACUCGACCCUUCUAUCGAGAAUCAUCGUUAGUGCGUGAACUUCUUAUCUGACACGAGAUUAGCGGAAGAACCUCCCCCAAAAGUGUAACUGUCAUAGUUGUAUCUGCUUCUUGAAUUGUAACCGUCGGAGUUCGGCCAGCAGUAUUGGUGCGCCUCCGAAACUGUAACGAAGCGGGUAGUUCCCAGGGGUCGAAAUUGUAGAGAUCGACUUCGGCGAUUAUGGAGACCGGAGAGGAUGGACGACGCCUUCUUCUUGAGAUCAGCAUUGUGAAUUCUUGUUUUCUAGGCAUAUCUUCCCAUUAUGUAGUAGAUGUCUGACCGUCACGACGCUGACUUUGUUGUUGCGGUUACGAUGAUGUUUGACAGAAGGCAGUCACUCGACAGCGGCGGUGGCAGACAGGAGAAAGGCCGACGACGGCCGACGAGGAAAUCCCGAUCUGUUGGCGGUGCUGGAACAUGUUGCCUGCGAUGAUGUUGGUAACAGCCGCUCCAGAACUCUCACAACUGCAAUGUGAUUUGGCCCUUUGAAAGUUUGGAUAAUUUUGGGUGGACGGUUUUCUGGCGAUCGCCGGUGACGGUGGAAGAAGAGAACCGUCUUUCAGUUUCCUUUUCCGCGCCUGCGUUUCUGUCGUGAUAGAUUUGACCAAGAAAAGGAGUCGCUUUGAUCACGGUAAUGAAUUAUGCAUUUAGUUUUGAGCUUGUACAAAAAAUUGAUUUUGGUAUCUGAUAAAAUUUUGGGGCCUCAGUCCAUAAGACUAGUGAACUAGUAGGUUUAGUUUUGGACUUAUGCAAAACUCGAUUUACAUAAUUUACAUGGCCUCAAAACUUUCAAGUCCUGCAUUUAGUUUGUGGAACUGGGCUCAAAAAUUUCAUAGCUUGCAUUUAGUUCACACAACAAAUCAGAUAGAAGUUUGGAGAUUAUUUGAUUAUAUGGUCAACACGAGAUGGCAGUCCAGUGAUUCAUGGAUAUUGCAACAAUGAAAAAAAAGAUGGAGGUAACUAAAACGUUAUUUAAUGAUGUGUUUGAGAAUGAUUUUUUAUACUUAAUACGAUUGCGUAAAUAGCAAGAACAUCAUUACAAUUUACAACCGUAGUAAAAUACGGUACGAGAAAUUUACAUAUAAAAUGCGUACGGGUCUUUUAUUUUGUCUUUAAAUUAAUGCUACGUUUAAUUGUAAGCUAAUAGUUAUGAAUAUAUAAAAUUUUAUUAUUUUAAAAAUAAAUAAAUAUAUAAAUAAUAGUAAACUUAACAAUUUAAUUCAUUAAAUACAGAUAUUAAACGUGUUAUACGGGAUUUAUAUGUAUUUAGUAAAGAGCCAUCAAUUGAACCAAGGACGGAGCUACCUUGUGCCUCGCCCCCCCCCCCCCCCCCCGAAAUUUUGGAGAUCGCGUGUAAAAAUAUCGGGAAUUUUGAAAAUUAUGAAGAAGUUAACUAUUGUAGAAUAACAAUAACGUGCAAUAAUGAGUAACAAUGUCUCUGUCUAGUCUAACGAAAUGCAACAGCUGCCUGGUAUUUGUGAAUACCCAGUACCAUGGUUCAAUCCCUGGCAACAAUAUUGGUUUUUUAGUUUUCCUACUUUGGUUGUGUUUUUGUUUAAAAUUUAGACUGAUCACUUAACUUUUGUACUUAUUCAAAUACUUUUUAAUUUCAAAGUUCAAACUAGAUAAUGCAAUUUUGGAGCUUAUAAUAUUUUUCUAAUUUAGAUAAUUAAAUUUCGGAGUCUAGAUAAUUAAAUUUUGAAGCUUAUGAUUCACUAUGUAAAUAUUAAUUUUUUUACUGAUAUUAUACAAUAAAGUCCGCCCCCCCCCCCCCCCCCCCCGACCACUAGAUCCUAGCUCCGCCCCUGAAUUGAACAGGAAAAAAAUGAAACGGUUUCACAAUAAUACGGAUACGGAAGUUUUAAACGGAUAAAAUAUACGUACAGGUACAUAAUACAUGUAUUAAACGGAGAGUAUUUACUAACUAAUAACCCAUGAGGACAUCGGCGGAUCUAGGGGCGGGCCGCCCCCGCCGCGCGGGCCACGGGCCAACCCUCCAUUGGAUCCAGAGCUAGUAUAUCCCUUGUAAAUUUUGCAAUUUUUUCGAUAUUUGUUUCGGUAUUUAAUUAUCGAGUUACGUUCCAGUCCUCUCCACCUCUUUUUUCAAAUGUGGCCUAGCUAGUGCUCUACCCUAUUCUGAAUCCGCCGCGCGCGCUGCACGAGGAAGGUUAGCCGGAUUGAUCAACAGCAACAUUAACAUUAGAGAUUACAUUAAUGACACCUACUACCCACUCCACUACACAUAAUAUUUGAUAUUAUUAUUAUUAUUAUUAUUAGUUCAUUGAGCAUUAAAUGAACAAUAUAGCUCUCGUCAGACCAUAAUAAUAAUAAUAAUAAUAAUAAUAAAAACUCCGGUCAUCAGUAAAAAAAAAAAAAAGAAACUGCAUUGAAUAAGGUGGUAGCAGGUAACUGUGGCGUGGCCAGCGACUCGACAGCCAGCGGUGACUAAAUACUAAAAAAAAUAUUUAUUUUAAUUUCCCAUAUAUAUGCAUGGUGGUGGGUAGCUGCAGAAAAUUUAAUUAAAAUCCCCUCUUUCAUUUCAUUAAUCAACAAGAAGGAGAAGGAGCGGUGGUGUUUCCAUGGACGCGAGCGCAGAGGAUCAAAAUGGAAGCAAAAGGGAAGCAGUAGAAGAAGAAGAAGUAGUAGGAGGAGGAGGAGGUGAAGGGGAAGAGGAAUCAUGGUGCUGGUGGGACGAUGUGGUGCGGCGGAGUCCGUGCUUCUUACGGUGUGGUGAGGCUCUUCAGGUUUUCCUCAAGUGCUUGGGCUGUGGUGGCGGUGAUGACUGCGGCGGCGGCGGUGCAGCCGGGGCGGCGGAUCCACCGGUUCCGGAGGCGAUGGCGGGGAGAAUGCCGACGCGGCCACCGGUGAGCUCCGGCGGAGGCGGCCAGAUCAAUUAAUUAGUUAGUUGAAUAUCUCUUUUUUGUUGUUUAUUUACGGACGAAAUAAUUAGUUAAUUAUUGAGCUACACCGACGUAGUAAUUACUAAUUAGUGUGUCUUAAUCAUGGUUUUUUUUUUGUUGUUGUUUGUUAAUCUUAUUGUCUUGUUGCUGUUGAUGUGAUGUGGAUCUCAUUUUUCUUAUGAACUACAGGCUUUGUGAAUGGUUACUAUUGUAAUUGAUAUUACUGUUUUAAUUAUUGUUAGGGUGGUUUGGAUGGUGGAUUUUAUAAAUGUGAUAAUUUGAUUUAAUCGUCUCGAAAUUGUCUCAACCCAGUUGCUACCUACGUCUCCUAUUCUGUAAUGGUGAACAAGUGAAUUUGAUUCCAAUUGCUUCAUUUGAGUACAACUGCGCCAAAUUAUCCUAUCCAAGUUCCAAACUGCCCUUACUGUUUUUUUUUUUUCUUCCUUCCUUCUUUGAGAUUUUCUUUUGGAUGACUGUAUUUACUAUUUAGGUUUAAUUGUAUUAUACAGAAUUCAAUGAAUGGAGUGUCUGUUUGAAAGGCUCCACAGACCUGAUAGUUAUGGUUGAUUUGAAGUGGUUGGUUGGGCCACUGCUCUGCUACUUGUGGUAAUUAAUAGUUGGUCUAGGGUUUAACUAGUCGUUCAGAUUGUAAAAAGAAGGGUUAGUUGACCUUUAGUUUGGUGUAGGAUAUGAACAGUAAUUAGGCCAACUACUUGUUGUGAUUACCCACCAAUUAAUCUUCAUUAUUUUGCAGAUCACACAGGUCUUUUUUUAUGUUUUACUAACUUUUAGUUAGAGAGAUCAAUCAAACUGGUUGAAUGAAAAGUGAGUUGUAUCGAAAUUAUCAUCCUUACACGUUUAGUAAAUUUUUAUUAUUUGAAGUUUGAUGAAUAAUAAACAAUCAAGUUUAAUUUAUUAAAGGAAAUAAACUGUGAGAGUAAUUUGGUCUUUUAUCUUAACGAGACACGUAAUUACAAUUUACAGCAGUAAUGUGUAAUUUGGUCUUAUCUUAACGAGACACGUAAUUAUAAUUUACAGCAAUAAUGUGUAAGUUAAAACACACUUACUUAAUAUGGAUUUGAUUAAUUUUUAUGGAAAAUCGAUUUGGAUGAAAUCAGGAAUUAAUUGUAGAAAAUCGUGAUGUAAGAACUGAUUCACAAAAUAGAACAUAAUACAGGGGUUAUACACUAACUCUAGAUUCGAUCAAUUUUUAUGGUAAAAUAAAUUUGGAUGUAAAAAUGACUUAUUUGUAAAGAAAUCAUAAUAUAAGGACUGAUUCGCUAAAUAGAACAUAAUACAAGGGAUACAAAACCUGUUACCACAGUAGGAGGGAGAAAAAACAGCACGCCCAGUGGGACUCGAACCCACAAUCACUUGAUUAGAAGUCAAGCGCCUUAUCCAUUAGGCCAUGGGCGCGCUUAUUGUUUCAUAAUUCCGUAAAAAGUUUUUGAUAUAUUUAGUUAUUCUCUGUUUUUCUAACCAAUGUUUCGGUUCUCUAGAUCUACGGUGAGCAGCUGCAGGGAACAUAUUCGCAGCAGAGUUGACCAGAAACUUCUAGGAGACAACAAAAAGGGGAAAAGGAAUAAUAAUAACAAUAAAGUACAAUUUUUAUA